AUGCGCCUGCUUUUCCUACCAUAUAAUCCGUCGACGGAUUCCCACGACGUCGACGGGGCAGCAGAGGAGUCUCCCCAGCGGCAUGCUGCUAGGGUCUAUCAUCACAAGGCCAAAGCCCUCAAGAAGUCUGGCUUCCGUGACCAACGAUCCUCUACAGACAGCCGCAAGAAGGAGCCUGCUACAAAGGCCGGACCAGGAGUAUUUCUUGCUUCAAGCAGCGAUGGGCAAGUCAGGUCGAUGAACCCAGUCCCCGAGCCGAGCACCGUCCUCGGGGCUGGCAGGAUCGACCCAUUCAAUGCCUAUUGUUCCACGGACCAACCUCUGAUGGUUCACGAGAUGCUUGAUCACGCCAUCUCAUACCAGUGGUCCCUCUUUGCCGCAGACGACCGGCCAGGGUCUCUGCUCAUGGCAAAGAAGUCGGUUAUGGACACUGCAAUCCGCUCUCCGUUGUGUUUUCAUACGCUCGUCUAUGCCGGUGCCGCCCACAAAGCUUUCCACCAAUCUCCAACUGUCGACAAUUCAAAAAGCGCGAUAUUGCGCAUGACGAGUAAGGCUGAAGCGAUCAAGUCGCUCAGAACAGCCCUCCAAUCUCAAGCGACGGCAUUGACUGACGAAGUCGUGUUUGCCAUGGCCAUUUUGGGCAUUGUCGGCCACGGGGAGAAAGUGACCGCUGCGGAAAAGCGUGAGAAAAGAACCAUGUCAGCUCAGCAAGAUGGCCAGUUCUAUUCGAGCCAGGAAUACGAGUGGCGGCACAUGAAGGCCGUUAUCGAGAUCGUCAAGAUGAAAGGCGGAUUGCACACCAUCCGGCUUCCUGGGCUUGCCUUUGCUCUUGCUUCCUUCGACAUCCAUACAUCGAUCAUGUAUCAAACGAAGCCCUCGUUCCCUCUAUUUAUGCCGUCUUCACCAGUCGUCGGCUCUUGGCUCACAAGCCGACCCACAAGCCCGGCGUCUCAAAGAUCUGCUACUCUGGCCACCGGCUUCGACUUCUUGACAGACUUGGGCUUGCCUGCCGCUGAUGAGUUAUUGGACGCCCUGCAUGUCAUGCAUGAUCUGAUUAUUGCUUUCGAUAGCUAUCAACGGGGUGAUCGUGAAGCCCCCCCUAUCAAGAUGAUCAUCUUCGCCCGAAACCUGAACCAACACGAGCUGCUUACCUUGCCGGACCUGUCAGGGGAACUCUUCUCACCAGGGUUGGCCUACGUUGACAGCCCAGCCAUUUUGAAGACGCAUCUGGCGCUCGCCAUCUAUGAGCUCUGUCGGCUAUGCACCUUCAUUUUUCAACUCACGGUCCUUCUGCCGAACUUGGAAGACAAUGUAGAGGUAACCGUACCCUACGCUCGACGCAUCAAGCGAUGUCUGCAAUGUGCGACUACCGACCUGUGUCUGGAUCAGAAUUCAACCUACCAUUCUUUCCUCCUUUGGGUUGCCGUGAUGACUGCUUGGUCCAUAAAAGGCACAGACCUUUACCGCUGGUUUGUCGACUUCCUGGUUCGACAUGUGAGCACUCGGAGGGAAGCCGCCAUCAGAGGAAACCGCGAGAUGACUGUAAAAGACAUGCUCGCCAGGUUUCUUUGGCUGGAUAGCGAGUGUGAAGCAUCCUGCGCUGAGGUCUGGGAAGACGUUAACCGGUUACUCGUUCCACGUGAGCAGCUGGCCUUUUGUUAG